ACAAAAUAGUUCAUUUGUUGUUGCUCGUCUGGGUGAAUUCGAAUUUUGAAGCGCAUCAAGCAAAGCGCUCUUCGUGUAUUUUUUUGCAUUUUUUUUGAGUUCAAAUAGUUCGUUAAUAAGAGUGGCGGUCAAACGUUAGAAUUCAAUAUCCGAUCGAAAUAAGAAAUAUAUAAAGUUUAAAGUGCUAACACAAAUACAAAAAAAAGAGAUAAAGAAGCGACGCCAGCGGGCGAAAAAGGAGAUAACCGAAAACGAAAAACACGACUAAAGCAACGUUGAAAGAGAGUAAAAAAAAUGAUCGAACCGUAAAUUUAAAUGUACGCCAAUAUACAAUAAUGCAAUAGUAUUUAAUAAUUUGACCAAAACAAAUGCCAAGUGAGAGAUCGAUAGCGAAGAACGUUAAAAAAAAAGAAGUAAAUAAAUGAUCUUGGCCCGUUGUUGUUCUUGUUAUUGCUGUUGCUGUUGUAACUCGUUUCUUUCUGUUGUUUUUUAAUGCGCGCGUGUAUGAAUCACACCAACCAACACACAACAAAACAAACAAUAACAACACAACGAUGCGAUACGGUGAAAUAUGCUAAGUAAAUAGCAAAAGAGAGUUCGAGUUUCCAGCAAGAGAGUGAAAGAGAUAUUCAGCGAGAGGAAGAAGAGCGCUAGAGAGCGAAUACAAGUACAUACUGGAAAACGGUUCCGAUCCUUUUUCCAGGCACGCAGCCAUCUCGCUUGCACCCAUGCCGCCCUAGACCAACUUUUGUUGCAGCUGCCUAACAACCGAAAACACCAACAACAGUAGAAGUGGAAAGGAUAGGAGCAACAAGGAUGGCCAUAGCUGGAAAACGAUGAUGAUGAUGAUGCGGUCGCAACAACACCAAGCUGCUGCAGGCAGACGAGCAUAGCAUCAAAAAAGUAGCUGAAAAUAAUAAUAGAAAAAAAUCCAAAAAAAAAUAUACGGAAAAAAUCGAAAUAAAAACGAUCGCCCAAUUUAAUCAAGUGCAUAUGUGUGUGCAAAAUAGAAAGUGCAUUGCAGCAAUCAUAAGAAAGCCCACUACAUAUAUAUUAUCGAUAAUCGGAAAAGAUAAUAGUUAAUUGUUAAUACGAAAAGUACGAAAUGAAGGUCACCGUCUGCUUCGGCGACGUUCGCAUUCUGGUUCCCUGCGGUUCCGGCGAACUCCUGGUCAGCGAGCUCGUCAAGGAGGCCACGCGACGCUACAUCAAGGCAGCAGGCAAGCCCGAUUCCUGGGUGACCGUGACACAUCUGCAGACACAGUCGGGUAUCCUCGAUCCGGAUGACUAUGUACGUGACGUGGCCGAUGACCGGGAACAGAUAUUGGCGCACUUCGAUGACCCAGGACCGGAUCCGGGAGUACCGCAGGGAGGCGGCGAUGGAGCGUCGGGCAGUUCGUCCGUAGGUACCGGUUCGCCAGACAUUUUCCGCGAUCCCACCAACACGGAGGCGCCCACUUGUCCGCGUGAUCUGUCCACGCCGCACAUUGAAGUUACUAGUACCACAUCGGGUCCAAUGGCUGGGCUGGGAGUUGGACUGAUGGUGCGUCGCAGCAGUGAUCCCAAUCUUUUGGCCUCCCUCAAGGCAGAGGGCAGUAACAAACGCUGGUCGGCGGCGGCUCCCCAUUACGCUGGCGGAGAUUCUCCGGAACGCCUGCUGCUAGACAAGGCCGGUGGCCAGCUGUCGCCACAGUGGGAGGAGGACGACGAUCCCAGUCAGCAGCUCAAGGAACAGUUGCUUCACCAACAGCAGCCACAUGCAGCAAAUGGCGGAGGAGGCUCCUCCGGUAAUCAUCAGCCAUUUGCCCGAUCCGGACGUUUGUCUAUGCAGUUUCUGGGCGAUGGCAAUGGCUACAAAUGGAUGGAGGCAGCUGAGAAGCUACAGAACCAACCGCCAGCCCAGCAAACGUACCAGCAGGGUGGUCAUCAUUCUGGCCACAACCAAAAUGGUGCCUACUCUAGCAAGUCCUUGCCCAGGGAGAGCAAGCGAAAGGAGCCACUGGGUCAGGCCUACGAAUCCAUCCGGGAGAAGGAUGGCGAAAUGCUGCUGAUCAUUAACGAGUAUGGCAGUCCGCUAGGACUCACUGCUCUGCCCGACAAGGAACAUGGCGGUGGACUGCUGGUGCAACAUGUGGAGCCGGGCAGUCGUGCCGAAAGGGGACGACUGCGUCGCGAUGAUCGCAUUCUGGAGAUCAACGGCAUCAAGCUGAUUGGACUUACCGAAUCACAGGUCCAGGAGCAACUGAGGCGGGCUUUGGAGAGCUCAGAACUGAGGGUUCGAGUGCUGCGCGGAGAUCGCAAUCGUCGUCAGCAGCGAGACUCCAAGGUGGCCGAGAUGGUGGAGGUGGCCACGGUGUCACCCACACGCAAGCCGCACGCUGCUCCCGUUGGGACUUCCCUGCAGGUGGCCAAUACCCGUAAGCUGGGCAGGAAAAUCGAAAUACUGCUGAAGAAGGGACCAAAUGGCUUGGGCUUUUCGGUCACAACACGCGAUAAUCCCGCCGGUGGUCACUGCCCCAUCUACAUCAAGAAUAUCCUGCCACGCGGAGCUGCCAUUGAGGAUGGACGUCUCAAGCCCGGAGAUCGUCUACUAGAAGUGGAUGGCACUCCAAUGACGGGCAAAACUCAAACCGAUGUGGUGGCCAUUUUGAGAGGCAUGCCAGCGGGUGCAACUGUGAGGAUAGUGGUGUCCCGUCAGCAGGAAUUGGCAGAGCAGUCUGACCAGCCGGCGGAGAAGAAUGCUGGCGUGGCGGUGGCUCCACCAGUUGCGGCUCCAGCUGCUACAUCCGUUGCAGCAGCGCCUCCCAUUCCGGUCCAGAAGUCCAGCAGUGCCCGAUCUCUGUUCACACACCAGCAGCAAUCCCAGCUCAACGAAUCUCAGCACUUUAUCGAUGCGGGCAGUGAAUCGGCGGCUUCAAAUGACAGCCUGCCACCCAACAGCAACAGCUGGCAUUCCCGCGAAGAGCUCACCCUUCACAUUCCCGUUCACGACACCGAAAAGGCUGGACUCGGAGUGAGUGUAAAGGGCAAGACGUGCUCGAAUUUGAACGCUUCUGGAUCGAGUGCCUCCAGCGGCAGCAAUGGACUGAUGAAGCACGACGGCGACUUGGGCAUAUUCGUGAAGAAUGUGAUCCAUGGUGGUGCUGCCUCACGCGAUGGUCGCCUGCGGAUGAACGAUCAGUUGCUAAGCGUGAAUGGUGUAUCGUUGCGUGGCCAAAACAAUGCCGAGGCCAUGGAGACACUGCGCCGGGCGAUGGUCAACACGCCUGGCAAGCAUCCUGGCACCAUAACCCUGCUGGUGGGCCGCAAGAUUCUGCGAUCGGCCAGCUCCAGUGACAUCUUGGACAGUCACAGUCACAGCCAUAGCAAUAGCAGCGGCGGCAGCAAUUCGAAUGGAAGCGGCAAUAACAAUAACAGCAGCUCGAAUGCCAGCGAUAAUUCCGGAGCAACGGUCAUCUACUUGAGUCCGGAGAAGCGUGAGCAGCGCUGCAACGGCAGCGGAAGUGGAGGUGGUACCGGCAAUGAAAUGAAUCGAUGGAGCAAUCCCGUUUUGGAUCGCCUAACCGGUGGCAUUUGCUCCUCGAACUCAGCGCAGCCAUCUUCACAGCAGUCUCACCAGCAGCAGCCGCAGCCACAUCCUUCCCAGCAGCAACAGCGACGUCUGCCAGCGGCGCCCAUUUGCAGCAGUGCAGCUCUGAGGAACGAGAGCUACUACAUGGCCACCAACGAUAACUGGUCGCCAGCGCAGAUGCAUCUGCUAACUGGCCAUGGAAAUACAGCGCUGCUUAUCGAAGACGAUGCCGAGCCGAUGUCACCAACCCUGCCGGCGCGUCCGCACGAUGGGCAGCACUGCAACCCGAGCAGUGCCAAUCCAUCGCAGAAUUUGGCCGCCGGCAAUCAGGGGCCACCCAUUAAUCCCGUAGUAGUGCCGGGCACACCGUCGACCUCCAGCAACUUUGAUGCCACCUACUCCUCGCAAUUGAGCUUGGAAACCAAUUCCGGCGUGGAGCAUUUCUCACGCGAUGCCCUGGGACGUCGCAGUAUCUCGGAGAAGCACCAUGCGGCGCUGGAUGCCCGUGAGACUGGAACCUAUCAGCGGAAUAAGAAAUUGCGCGAGGAGCGGGAGCGAGAGCGUCGCAUUCAGCUGACUAAGUCGGCUGUGUACGGUGGCUCCAUUGAAUCGCUCACGGCUCGCAUAGCCAGUGCUAAUGCCCAGUUCUCGGGCUAUAAGCAUGCCAAGACUGCAUCCAGCAUCGAGCAAAGGGAGACGCAACAGCAACUGGCAGCUGCCGAGGCGGAGGCCAGGGAUCAGCUGGGUGAUUUGGGUCCAUCGCUGGGCAUGAAGAAGUCCUCGUCACUGGAGUCGUUGCAAACGAUGGUGCAGGAGCUGCAGAUGUCGGAUGAGCCGCGUGGCCAUCAGGCAUUGCGAGCGCCGCGUGGACGUGGCAGGGAGGAUAGUCUUCGGGCGGCAGUGGUCAGCGAGCCGGACGCCAAUAAGCCCCGCAAGACCUGGCUUUUGGAGGAGGGCGAUCACGAGGGCGGAUUUGCCUCGCAGCGCAAUGGACCCUUCCAGAGUUCCCUGAACGAUGGCAAACAUGGCAACAAGUCAUCGCGGGCCAAGAAACCAAGCAUCCUGCGCGGCAUUGGGCACAUGUUCCGCUUUGGCAAGAACCGCAAGGAUGGUGUGGUACCGGUGGAUAACUAUGCGGUAAACAUUUCACCACCCACUUCAGUGGUUUCCACAGCCACCUCACCGCAGUUGCAGCAGCAACAACAGCAACAGUUGCAGCAACACCAGCAGCAACAGCAGCAGCAACAAAUUCCCACCGCUGCACUGGCUGCUCUGGAGAGGAAUGGCAAGCCACCGGCAUAUCAACCACCGCCACCGCUGCCCGCUCCGAAUGGCGUUGGUAGCAAUGGCAUCCAUCAGAAUGACAUCUUCAAUCAUCGCUAUCAGCAUUAUGCCAACUACGAGGACCUGCACCAGCAGCAUCAGCAGCACCAGAUUAGUGGAGGUGAUUCUAGCAAAGCCAUUUCGGAAACGCUUUCGGAGUCAACACUCGAGUGCAUGCGACAGCAGGUCAUCCGGCAGCGCAUCAAGGUCGAGGCGGAAAGUCGCCGCCAUCACAAUUACCAUUCCCAGCGGAGUGCCCGCUCGCAGGAUGUAAGCAUGCAUUCGACGAGCUCCGGAUCCCAGCCUGGAUCCCUGGCCCAGCCGCAGUCACAGUCGAACGGAGGAGUGCGUCCGAUGAGCAGCUACUACGAGUACGAGACCGUGCAGCAGCAGAGGGUGGGCAGCAUUAAGCAUAGCCACAGCAGCAGUGCCACCUCAUCCUCCUCGUCGCCCAUCAAUGUGCCGCAUUGGAAGGCGGCUGCCAUGAAUGGCUAUUCGCCAGCCAGUCUGAACAGCAGUGCCCGGAGUCGGGGUCCGUUUGUGACCCAGGUGACCAUUAGGGAGCAGAGCAAUGGUGGCAUACCCGCCCAUUUGCUGCAGCAGCAACAUCAGCAGCAGCAACUCCAGCAGCAGCAGCCCACCUACCAAACUGUUCAGAAGAUGUCCGGACAAUCGCAAUAUGGCAGUGCUGCCGGUUCCCAGCCACAUGCCUCCAAGGUGUGACUAUAGGUGUUGGCGCAAGCGCGCGCCACUCGCGAUGUGCUAGCCGAGAACCGGGUCAUUCUCAGCGAGGUCAACGAGGAGGUGGAGGUCUUCUACUUCGCCACCGAGUGCUGAACACAUUGCAUAUAAUAAGUUUCUUAGUUUGGAUAAAAUGGGAAUUCCAUAAAUCACACACACACACACAUCAGGGGUGGGUUGAUUGUUGUAAUCUAUAAAGUGAAAUUUGUAAAUUUAACAUCAAUUGUAAGCCUUAAAUGGGAUUACUCACCAAAGGCAGAAGGAAAUACAUAUUUUAUAAUUUGAGGUUUCAAAAUGAUGUGUAAUUCCAAGAGAAGGUUGCUACUUAACUUAUUUAAUAUCCCCAUUAAUGAAUAUAUAUCUAUCCGUGAUAUUCGAUUAAGCAAACAAAACCUAGACGUUUUCUUGCUAAAUGAAAAGAAUCAGCAUUAGUUUUUCAUCGUAUAUUUGCAAAGAUCCCCUAGAAUGGGACAUAAAAUUGAUUUUAUAUUUGUAAAUUUCCAAGAAUACAACUUUGAUUGAUUCGAUUUCAAGCCAAUUGACCCACCCUAAAACACACAUCUAAGUUAAGUUCACGAUAUAUAUAGAUAUAUAAAGAUUUUUGCAUAUUGGGCGAAGCAGAAACCAAGAGAGUAUCGAGUAAGGAAAGUAUUCCCAAAAGAAAAGUGCUUAGACAUAAAAACGAUAACGAUUUGCGAUUGUAUUAAGCUUUAGCCGUAAGUCCAAGUCAAAAACGCCUUUGUACAUAAUUAGUUUACGCAGAAAAGCCAACAAGAAAAAAGAGAACAACAUCUACAUUUCCAGAACACUACGAAAGGUCUUAAUGAUUUCCAUUGUCAUUUAAACUUAUAUCUUUUUUUCCCCUAUACCAUUUACAUAUAUACUUUUUUUUUUUUUGAUUUGUACAUAGAACUUGUUUGUUUGUUUUUUGUUAAGCUUUAAAGCGGACGCCAUUUAGUGUGUGCAAACGUUUGGAUUUGCAAGAAGCGAAAAGUAAAACUUAUAGCCAACCCAUAUAUGUAUAUCUAAAUCAUAUAGCUAUAUGAGUUAGUGUAGUAUAUAUAUAUAUAUAAUUUUUUUUGUCCUAAACGAUUUAACGAGCUUAGACAAGAAGUUUUGUGCAGCCGACCGCGGCCCAGGUCUCUAAAAAAGACAAGCAGCUUAACUUAGUUAAUACGAACCUUAGAUAUGACAUAAGCCGAACUAGUGGGUAAGCCUACAUGUAUAGCGAAUAUAUACGAUACUUUAAUUUUUGUGUCUUAAGUAAUUUUUGCGAUACCGAAUACCGAAGUUGCGAAUUAAAAGUUACAAAUUUUCAUAAACAA